AUGUGUGGAAAAUUCCACUGGCGCAUCACCCAGUACCCCUCAUCCAGUACCCCUCACCCAGUACCCAUCACCCAGUACCCCUCACCCAGUCCCCAUCACCAGGUACCCCUCAUCCAGUACCCCUCACCCAGUACCCAUCACCCAGUACCCCUCACCCAGUCCCCAUCACCAGGUACCCCUCAUCCAGUACCCCUCAUCCAGUCCCCCUCACCCAGUACCCAUCACCCAGUACCCCUCAACCAGUACCUCUCACCCAGUCCCCAUCACCCAGUACCCCUCAUCCAGUACCCCUCACCCAGUACCCCUCAUCCAUUCCCCAUCACCCAGUACCCCUCAUCCAGUCCCCAUCACCCAGUACCCCUCAUCCAGUACCCAUCACCCAGUACCCCUCACCCAGUACCCAUCACCCAGUACCCCUCAUCCAGUACCCCUCACCCAGUACCCCUCAUCCAGUACCCCUCACCCAGUCCCCAUCACCCAGUACCCCUCAUCCAGUCCCCCUCACCCAGUACCCAUCACCCAGUACCCCUCAUCCAGUACCCCUCACCCAGUACCCAUCACCCAGUACCCCUCAUCCAGUACCCCUCACCCAGUACCCCUCACCCAGUCCCCAUCACCCAGUACCCCUCAUCCAGUACCCCUCAUCCAGUCCCCAUCACCCAGUACCCCUCACCCAGUCCCCAUCACCCAGUACCCCUCAUCCAGUACCCCUCACCCAGUACCCCUCACCCAGUACCCAUCACCCAGUACCCCUCACCCAGUCCCCAUCACCAGGUACCCCUCAUCCAGUACCCAUCACCCAGUACCCCUCAUCCAGUACCCAUCACCCAGUACCCCUCAUCCAGUACCCAUCACCAGGUACCCAUCAUCCAGUACCCAUCAUCCAAUACCCCUCACCCAGUACCCACCACCCAGUACCCAUCAUCCAAUACCCCUCAUCCAGUACCCAUCACCAGUACCCAUCAUCCAGUACCCAUCACCAGGUACCCAUCAUCCAAUACCCCUCACCCAGUACCCAUCACCAGGUACCCAUCAUUCAACACCCCUCAUCCAGUCCCCAUCACCCAGUACCCCUCAUCCAGUACCCAUCACCCAGUACCCCUCACCCAGUACCCAUCACCAGUGCCCAUGACCGAGUACCCCUCAUCCAGUACCAUCACCCAGUACCCCUCAUCCAGUACCCAUCACCAGGUACCCAUCACCCAGUACCCCUCAUCCAGUGCCCAUCAUUCAAUACCCCUCAUCCAGUACCCAUCACCCAGUACCCCUCAUCCAGUACCCAUCACCAGGUACCCAUCACCCAGUACCCCUCAUCCAGUACCCAUCACCCAGUACCCCUCAUCCAGUACCCAUCACCAGGUACCCAUCACCCAGUACCCCUCAUCCAGUACCCAUCACCAGGUACCUAUAACCCUGUACCCAUCAUCCAGUCCCCAUCACCCAGUACCCCUCAUCCAGUACCCAUCACCAGGUACCCCUCACCCAGUACCCCUCAUCCAGUACCCAUCGCCCAUCACCCCUCAUCCAGUCCCCAUCACCCAGUACCCCUCAUCCAGUACCCAUCACCAGGUACCCCUCACCCAGUCCCCAUCACCCAGUACCCCUCAUCCAGUACCCAUCACCCAGUACCCCUCAUCCAGUACCCAUCACCCAGUACCCCUCAUCCAGUACCCAUCACCAGGUACCCCUCAUCCAGUCCCCAUCAUCCAAUACCCCUCAUCCAGUACCCACCACCCAGUACCCAUCAUCCAAUACCCCUCAUCCAGUACCCAUCAUCCAAUACCCCUCAUCCAGUCCCCAUCAUCCAAUACCCCUCAUCCAGUACCCAUCAUCCAAUACCCCUCAUCCAGUACCCCUCACCCAGUCCCCAUCACCCCUCAUCCAAUACCCAUCAUCCAAUACCCCUCAUCCAGUACCCAUCACCAGGUACCCCUCAUCCAGUACCCAUCGCCCAUCACCCCUCAUCCAGUCCACAUCACCCAGUACCCCUCAUCCAAUACCCAUCACCAGGCUGAGGCGCGCAAGCACGACUAG